AUGUCUCUCCAGUCAGAUCUCAUCCACGUCUUCAAUGGGAUCCCCUUUACCACUCGUUCUUCUGCGGAGUUGCUCAUAUCCUUGGAUGAAUUCCAAGCCCGGCAUGAUGACCUUCUUCUCGUCUCUUACCCCAAAUCUGGCACUCACUGGUUGGCUGAGAUCAUGAAACAUCUGUACUCAUCUAAAGUCUCCAUUACAUCCCCCAUUGAGUUUGGAAAUGUUUCAAAACUGGAAGAACUGUCCAAAAUAACAACCAAGAGGAUCAUCCCGACCCACCUGAACUUUAACAUGCUACCUGCAGACAUCAAAGCCAAGAAAUGCAAGGCCAUUUACAUCAUCCGCAAUCCUAAGGACACAGCCGUAUCUUUAUUCCACUACUACAGAGAUAAUCCCAACCUGCCAACCAUUGAGGGCUGGAGCACUUACUUUGAUAUGUUCCUGCAUGGAGAAGUUGUCUGCGGGUCGUGGUUUGAUCACAUUUUAAGCUGGGAAGAAAACAGGAAUGAGAUGGGAACGCUUUUCCUCUAUUAUGAGGCCAUGAAGAAGGAUAUCUUCCAGUCAGUGAAGAAAAUCAGCCAUUACCUGGGGAUCAACAUUACCGACAAUGAAGUCCAAGAGAUCUGCAAGAACACGUCAUUCUCUGAGAUGAAAAACAAUGUGGAGAAGGAAAAUACCGACCCGAGCAACACAGUCUGCUCCCUUACCUCCAACAAGAAGCUGAUAUUCCGAAAAGGGACUGUAGGGGACUGGAAACAUUACUUCAGCAACAAGCAGAACCGACUGUUUGAUGAGAUGUACAACACAAAGAUGGACUCCAGCAACCUGGCCAAACACAUUCAUUACGACAACUGAGGCCGCCACAACAGAAGCAUCUUACACUAGGCCUUCAUGUUCCAUAUAAAACACAUCAAGUCCGAUGCACAAACAGCUUCCUCAGUUACCCUAAAUGGGGACUGUUAGGGUUCACUGAGGAACAGUGUACAAAACCAAACUGUGGGAUGUUGCAGUCAUUAAUCUGAUAGCACUUGGUAAGAGGGGUCGGGCGUCUUUCCUUUGUAUAGAGCUGGGACCAUAAGUGUCACUGUGCCAUAUUUCUUGGACCUGGCAUCAGAGAAUCUGUGUGUAUAUACACUCACCUAAAGAAUUAUUAGGAACACCUGUUCUAUUUCUCAUUAAUGCGAUUAUCUAGUCAACCAAUCACAUGGCAGUUGCUU